AUGGCGCAGGCUACGACCCCGUUGAGGAUUAUGACGUGGAACCUGCGGUUCGAUUCGAUGCCGAAUAAUAUCACCGUGAACCAGACUAUCGAUAGUCUGCCGGACCCCAUUGCUCAGCCCAACUUCUUCAAUGUGUCGGGCGAGCAGCCGUGGAGCACGCGUAGGAUCAAGGUGUACGACAAGAUCGUGAGCGAGAAGGUGCAGAUCCUGGGCUUCCAGGAGGCCUUGGUUCGCCAGGUCGAUGACAUGGCUACCCUCCUUGGCGACGAGUGGGACUGGGUCGGCGUCGGUCGCGACGACGGUGUAGCAGCUGGGGAGUUCAGUCCGAUCUUCUGGAACUCCAACAUCUUCCAGCUCGAAGACUGGGACACUUUCUGGCUCUCAAACGACCCGUUCACCGCCGGCUCCAAGUUCCCGGGUGCAGGCUCAGUCCGUAUCGCGACCUACACCCACUUCACGAUCAAGGCCACCGGAAAACACUUCGUCUACAUGAACACGCAUCUGGACGACCAGUCCGACGCCCAGCGCCAGCUCGGCGCCUCGCUCAUCUUGUGGCGCGCUCACUCUGACGCGUCAAACGGCUCGACGGUCGUCGUCACGGGUGACUUCAACUCGCCUGCGAACGGCACGGACAGUGGGGCUUACCAAGUCAUUACGGGUGGGAAGGCCCCGAGCGCUAUUAACCAGACGUUCGCGGAAGCGUUCCCGAUUAACAACGCUACGUUGUCGGACUUCGUGCUCGACGAUGUAAGGACGCAGCUGCCGAGGGUAAAUGUUGGCGGUCAAUGGGCCACGUAUACGGGUUUCAACAAGCCAGGGGACGCGAGCGUGUUUUCGCAUAUCGACUUUAUCUUUGGUGGGAGCAAUGGUGGCGUAACUCCGACGUUCUAUAAGGUCGAGAACCAUCUCACGGACGACGGCGUUUUGGCGUCUGACCAUCGUCCUGUUAUCUCGGACAUUGAGGUGUGA